AUGCUCUGCUGGCGAGGCUGUUUUGAAUGCGCCGGUGCCUGUUUGACCGCCGUGCUUUUCUUGGGGUGCAAACAGCGCUUCCUCGGCCAGGCAGGGUUGAUACAGAGCAGAGGGUUGACGUGUUCGCUACCCUACAUGAUCAGCAGAUCUGUCCAUCGACGAGCGUAA